CUUGGUUUUGGUUUUUCUGAAAAAAUCUAGUCAAAUUUUGUAGAUUUUUCUUUUGUCUUUUUUUUCGCUCAAACGAUAAUAAUGUAUUCAAAGAACAAAAAAUUUUUCCAUUUAAAAACCCUAAAACAAAUUGUACAUAUUUUAAUCGGUAUUAUUAUCGGUUCAUGGAUUACAUGUCAAAUACGUUUAAUUAAUUAUGAAAAUUUUAAAAAUGAUAUUCUAUAUCAAAUUUGUUCAUAUCGUUCAACAUGGUUAUCAUCAAAUGAUAAUGAUAAUGUGAUUCAAAUAUCGACUAAAAACAAUGAUUUAGCCAAUACAUUUUAUUCGAUACAUAAUUUGACCACCAAUCGAAACAACAUCAACCAAAAUGAUCAACGUAAAUUAUUAUUGAUCGGUGUAAUGACAACAAAAUCAUUUCUAACGACUCGAGCUAAAACCAUCUAUGAAACAUGGGGUCAUGAUUUAAAUGGUGAUAUUUUAUUUUUUACUAGUUCAAAUCAAAAAACAAAUUCAAAUCUACCACUUGUUGCCUUACCACAGGUAGAUGAUUCAUAUCCACCGCAGAAAAAAUCAUUUUUUAUGUUUAAAUUUAUGAAUGAUUAUUUCGGUAAUCAUUAUAAAUUUUUUAUGCGUGCUGAUGAUGAUUUAUUCGUUAAUGUUGAACGUUUAAAACAAUUUCUUGAAAGUCUUAAUAAUUCUGAAUCAAUUUAUAUUGGUCAAACUGGUGUUGGUAAUAAAGAUGAAUUUGGACAAUUAAAUCUUUCCAUGCAUGAUAAUUUUUGUAUGGGUGGCCCGGGUGUUAUAUUAUCCUUUAAAUCAUUGCAGAAAAUUGCUACAAAUAUUAAAUAUUGUCUACAGAAUCUUUAUUCAACACAUGAAGAUGUUGAAAUUGGUCGUUGUUUACAUCGAUUUGCUGGUAUAUCUUGUACAUGGAGUUAUGAUAUGCAAAAUCUUUUCCAUCAUAAUUCAUCCAUACAACAAUCAAUUUUAAAUAAUGAUAAUGAUGGUAUGAUUCAAUCAUCAAAUCAUGAUUUAUCAAAUGUUCUAACCAUACAUCCAAUUAAAAAUCCUAUUGCAAUGAAAAAUCUUUAUAAAUAUUUUAAACGUAUUGAUAAUCAACAAUGGAAUUUUCAAAUUACAAAACUUUAUCGUCAUUUAAAUAUUUUACUUUCGAAUUGGACAGACGAUAAAUUAUCCAAACAAUUUAAAACAUUUUUGAAUCUUGAUCGAAUGGCCAUUGAAUCCGAAAAUAUUGGCCAUAAAAUAUCGUUAAAAAAUUUAGCCAAAACAACAACAACAAAGUCAACUUUAUACGAUCCAAUUUGGAAAUUUUUUGGACAAAAAUUAUUUAUGGAAAAAUCAUUGAAUCCAAAAAAGAAUAUCGACAAAGAUAUUAUUCAAUCAUUUAAUCAAAAUAUUAAACAAAUUUUAAAUCAAUUUAAUCAAAAUUCAUUUAAAAAAGGUACAUUAUUUGAUUAUCAUAGCCUUAAUUAUGGUUAUAUUCGUUGGUUACCAUCAAUCGGUAUACAAUAUAUAUUGGAUUUUUUAAUAAUUUAUCGUAAAUAUCAUGGUAAACGAUUAACAAUACCGAUUCGUAAACAUAUUUAUGCUGUUCAAACAUUUUCUCGUUCACAUUUGAUUCAUGUGGAAGAAAAAUCCAAUAAUGAUGUUAUCAAUAUAAUUGUACCAUUAGCAGGAAGAAUAUCAACAUUUCAAAGAUUUGUUCAGAAUUUCAUUGAUGUUUAUCAACAAGAUAAUCAACUAACAUUGACUGUUGUUUUAUUUCCCGAUCAUCAUUCAAAUUCAAAUUCAAAUCAAACAACAAAUUCGAAUGAAAUUGAAAAAAUUUUGGAAAAAUUUUCCGGUACAAAAAAUAUCGUUCGAAUUAUGGGGAAAUUUUCACGUGGUACAGCAUUGCAAAAAAGUUCAACAUUAUUUAGUAAAAAAUCAUUAUUAUUUUUUCUUGAUGUUGAUAUGAUUUUCACUGGGAAAGUAUUGAAUCGUGUACGUCAAAAUACUCGUUUAAAUCAACAAGUUUAUUAUCCAAUUGUAUUUAGUCAAUAUGAAAAUUUAUUGAAAAAAUUAUUGAAAAAUGAUUCCAUUGACCACAACGAAGAAAUCGAAGAAGAAUUCGGCUAUUGGCGUCAAUUUGGUUAUGGUAUUGUUUCUGUUUAUAAUGAAGAUUUAAUUAAAAUUGGUGGUUAUAAUACAACUAUAAAUGGUUGGGGUAUUGAAGAUGUUAAUCUUUAUGAUCGUUUUAUUUUAAAUAAUUUUACAAUAUUUCGUUCAACCGAUCCGGAUUUAAUUCAUGUUUAUCAUUCGAUUGAUUGUGAUCGAAAAUUAUCCACAUUACAAUAUGAAAUGUGUUUAGGUACAAAAUUUUUUACCAUUGAUUCUUUACCAAUUAUUUCGAAAUUUAUUCGAAAAAAUCAUUUGUUAAUCGAUUGA